UUUAAAAAAUAUAAAAUGCCUGUUUCCUGGAAUGAUCCUCUAAAGGAUUUCCUGCUUAACAAAGCUUUCAUACUUCAUAAAAGGUCAACUGCUAAAUGUCUGAAAUAUUCACCCUGUUUGUUGUCACUAUUUUUGUGGGUGGAAAUCCAACAUGCUUCAUGCAACAUUCUUGUGAAACGCAUCAAACAAUGCUUGUUAUCCAUCUUUAUACAUUAUAGGACUGAGCUUCUGUCACCUGCAGCAGCAGUUGGAGCUGAAAAUAGUGUUGUCCUGCAAAGAGGGCCGUCUUGGCGUCUCAAUUUUGAUGAUCACCCUUUGCCUGAGGGCCGAGAUGAUUCGUUUUUUAGCUUUGGAUGGAGCAAAAGAAAGAUUACGGCAUAUUACAAGAGGCAGGGGAAACUUCUUGAAAAUUACAAUGAGAUGGAUUCUUUUAUUGAAUUAGGCCGAUUGCCUGGAAGCUUAACCGAGUCUGAAAUGAGUCAGCUGGCGAGGAGCGAAAGGAUGGCCAUUCAUGCAUCAAACAUCGCGAAUGUUGUGUUAUUUGCUGCAAAAGUUUAUGCAUCUGUUGAGAGUAGAUCACUGGCUGUAAUUGCGUCGACAUUGGACUCCCUUCUGGAUAUUCUAUCAGGAUUCAUCCUCUGGUUCACUGCUUAUGCCAUGAAAAAACCAAAUCAGUAUCGAUAUCCAAUUGGAAAAACACGAAUGCAACCUGUUGGUAUAGUAGUUUUUGCAUCAGUUAUGGCUACACUGGGGAUACAAAUACUUUUCGAAUCUGGACAGCAGCUUGUCAUGAAGACACAACCAGAUAGAGAUCCAGAGAAAGAGAAGUGGAUGAUAGGGAUCAUGGUGUCAGUGACAGUGAUCAAGUUUGCGCUGCUGGUGUAUUGUCGCCAGUUCAAAAAUGACAUCGUUCAAGCUUAUGCAAUGGACCAUUUCUUUGAUGUCAUUACCAACUCUAUUGGUCUUACAACAGCAAUUUUAGCCAUACAGUUCCGCUGGUGGAUUGAUCCUCUCGGAGCUAUCUUGAUCGCAUUAUACACGAUGAGUACAUGGUCAAGAACAGUAAUGACAAAUGUAUGGUCACUAAUUGGACGAACAGCCCCUCCUGAAUUCAUCUCAAAACUAACGUAUCUGAUAUGGAACCAUCACGAAGAAAUCAAGCACAUUGCUACUGUCAGAGCUUACACAUUCGGAUCUCUAUACUUCGUAGAAGUUGACAUAGUUUUGCCAGGGGAAAUGUCACUCAGCCAAACACACAAUAUUGGCGAGACAUUGCAAGAAAAGCUGGAGCAGCUGCCAGAAAUCGAGAGAGCUUUUGUUCAUACAGAUUUCCAGCACGGCCAUUUUCCGGAGCACAUGCCUAAGAAGUUCAAUUGAUCAGAUUUUAGUUCAAGUCAUUUAUGUUUUAUAUUGUGGUCAGUUUUAUUUCUGGAUUUCGUUAGUUUAUGACUGUAUCCCGUUGAUUUUUAAUAAGUGUGCAAUCAGUGGAUUACAUGAAUGUAAUCACGAAACUUGGCCAGUAUAUCCCGCUUAGAGCAGGGUCUGGGGAGGGAUUACAUGAAUGUAAUCAGGAAAUCCUGCUGCGUUUUUUAAAUUAGAAUCAGUUCAUGUUA